AUUCCAGGAAAUGUCGUGGAGCAAAACACUAACCAGCCGGAACUUAUUCCGGAGUCGCUGUCAAGUAAAUGGCGGGACAAAACAUGCAAGAAGUGCAACAAGAAAGAAGACGACUGCAUGUGUAUUCCAACAUCUUCCACUGAGCAAAUCAUUUUCCAAGAUUUUCUAAAAUGCGAGUCCUCCACUCCGAUACUGACAAACGCACAUGACACGAAAACUGAGACGAUCCGAAUCGCAAACGUUGGUGAUGUGACAUCUGGAAAAUCGUCCGCUCCUCGAGUGAACAUCAAGGUUCAUUUCAAGAACAAGGAGCACGUUGGUUACCAAGAUGCCGAAGGCAACCCUGCAUUUUCCGCUGCGCCAAUUGAUCCUCCGAAGCGCCGAAGAGGUAGGCCUCCCACGAAGCACUUGACAGCGUUGGCGCAAAAUCCGCAAAGCUCGAGAAAUAAAUCUCAGCACGGAAGUGCUGGCGACCAAAUUCAGGCGUCCGUCUUGAAGAAGAAACCGAAGAUUAGAGCCAGAAGUGUUGCAGAUGUCCCUGUUGAUGAGCCGAGUUGCAAUUUCGUGGACACCAUCGUCAAUGAUUCCGACAACGAAACGAAAGCUGUCGAAAGUGUGAAGGACUCACAGCAGCAGGGGAAAAAUAGUCCUGCUGCGCAAAAAGAAACCCUUGCUCAAGUCGUACCUUCUGACUUGUCGUUCGAGGAAAGGAUGGAGAAGUUCCCAUCCAUGCCUUGCCUGGACUUUGACGAUGAGAAUGCUGGAGUUUCUGUUAUUUCAGAAGACGCGUCAACUCAAAUGUUCGUUGCCAAAGAGAACUUGUCGACCCCAGAAAAACCGGUAUCCAGUUGCACUGAGUAUGAAGAUGAACGAAAGAAGUCUGCUGCUAAACCACAGCAAUGUUCUCCACCGGAAAAGAAGUCACCAUGCCCGAAAAUCGCAGAAGACUCUGCUGUUUUUAAAACUGCUGGUCCAACAGCGCUGGAGAAACCGGCUCUUAUUCCCAGCAAAGCCUCGACUUCGGAUAUCAGAGAUUUCCGGAUGCACAAGAAACGCUUCGCUUCGUUUCCAGUGCCAGUGAAAAAAGCAGGCGCUGAACUCGUGAAGAUCAGGCCAGCGGACCGGGUAAUGAAAAUCUCAGUGAAAAGCAAUAGCGAAACUAGCAGCGUUCCUCCUCCAACUGUAUCAGACAGCAUUUCGGGAACUUGCCAACCCGCUCACGAAGAGAAGCAGUUGCAUUUCGACACACUAUCUGUUCACCCAGGUGAUUUGAGGUCCUUUGAAACUUCCGAUGCUGUUGCUGGUGACGUUAUCAGCACUCCUGGAUGCGCUGAUCCGGAAAAAGUGCCUCAUUCGACUGAUCCGGAGAAAAUGCAUCCCUCGACGAAGCGUGGAAGUAAUAAAUCUGCUAAAAUCUUUCGCCGUUCUGCGACCUCAAGCAAAAAAAUUGCUUCGACAAAACGUCCCGGUCGCGCGGUUCCUUCGAAUGAAUCUUCAGCAAAGAAAAAAAGGGAUAUUCCUGUUGACGUGACGACAAAGCAUCAGAAAGAUGAUCAAUUUUUGAUCACAGCAUCAAGGAUGAAACUGGAGAAGCCUGUUCGUCGGAGUUCGCCCACCAAAACGGUGCCAUUCACGAAAAUUUCUUGCACCUCUGCCUCGAAGAAAAUCUUGCCGAGAAAACAGUGCGUUCCAACGGCGGCAGCAGAGGAAAACAACUUUUCCGAUGCAUCGGACUCAUCCGGAAACUCCGCCUGUGAAUUGAAAUCCCUCUAUAAAUGCUCAACAAUGCGAGAAAAGCAGAAAAUGCUGCGGAUAAGAGAACAGCAGUAUUACGUCAGAAGAUCGAGUUGUUCUGUCGUAAACAAGAAAACUCGAAUGUAUCUAUCAUCAGGUGCGCUACGAACUUAUACAAAAGCGAGAAACUCCUCUCUGUCGGCGGAAGAAGGAGUGUCGGAUUCACCCGCUGAAGAAUUAAUUAUUGAAUCAGUUCCAACUGAGGAAAGAGAAGAAUUUGAUGAGAUUUUGGCAGCCGAGAACAAUAACGUGGAUGAUACGGUUCCCGAACCAAGUGCAGAAGUUGAAAUCAUGUGUGAAGAUACCACAUUUUUCGACAAGCACUGGUCAGACGCUAGUGACUCUGCUGUUGUUUCCCCCGACGGAGAUCGUGUGUCUCAUCCUGAAGAUAAAAACACCCGAAGUUACAGACCAGAUAAUGACUUUCUGGCUGAAAAAAGCAUUUCAUUGAUGGUGGAAAAAAAUAUUCCGGAUGUCACUGAGCAAAGCAGACCAUCGUAUGAAAGGAUUAUGUUUGUUCCCAGUUCAUCUCGACUUAUGAGAAAUUCACCGAUGGAAAUUCCUGAUAACGUAAAACGAGUGGAAACUUUUCAGCAAAUGAACAAAAAUUCGUCUUCAACGAUUGAUGCUGAAGUAAAACUUGCGUGUACCCCACUUAAAACAUACUCGCGCUCGAAUAAGAAGCAUACUGUUUGCGAAAUCCGAAAAACUUACGCAAAAGAAAGCGAACAGAAUAAAAGUUGCGACGAUGUCUCAGUUUCUAAGGAAGUUUCACCCCCUCCGAAGGCCGAAGAAUCCGUGAUAAUACGGGAAACCUUUAAGCAAGAUUUAACAAAAAUUCAUGAAUCAUCGUCGACUGAUCCGGAUCCUUCCGAGAAAGGUGCUGCUGAACAUCCAUGUGCUGGAGCUGUUGAAAUUCAAGCAUUAUUGGACUGUAAUGAAGACAUUUCCCAUAGCAUUCCGGCGAAUGAUAGCUCCAAAAUAAUAGAAAGAACUUCGCAGAAUGAAAAUAAUGGAGAAGGUGCUCAGUUCAAUCCGUUGACGCCCAUGAACAAAAUUGUAGAUCUUUGUGUGAGAAAUACUGUUACAAAGCGUGAGAAAGUGGAGAAAGGGGAAAACCAUUUAUCGGCUGCUGCUGAAACUCCGCAUAAAAUUCGACCCCAGGAACUUCUCAAUGACACGAAAGCAAAUUUACUCACCCUGUCAGCUAUAAAUCAUCCAACCCUCGCGUCAUCGAAGCAGAAUGCAAACUUGCUGGGAAAGAAACACUUGUCAGUUGCUCGAGCAGCCGGUAAAUCAACGCCAGUCGCUUCUAAAAUGGUUCCAAUUAACUCGAAGGCUUUGAAAGUUCGCGAGAAAACUUCGGAGCGGAAAAUUGGCUGCCCAAGUUCCUCGAAAGGUCAGUCAAGCGUGACGGCUAUAGGCAUGGCGACAUCCCUUGAGGAGCUCGAAGCUAUGGCCAAGAAGCGAGCUGCUUCUAAAAUAGCUCAUCAGAAAGGGAAGGUUUUUGAUAAGAAACCAAAAGGAAAAGUAUUGGUAUCGAUGAAGAUGCCAUUAAUGAAAUUUGACCCCGAAUUCUCCGAAAAUCGAAAGAAAAACCCAGAAACCACGGAUAAGAGGAUCGCGAAAAACGGAAGUUAAGUGGCUUCUGGAAGAAAGGAUACAUCCAAAGCUGAGCGACGAAAAAAAUUGCAAAUGAAAAUGAUGAUGACGAGAUCACGAGGGCAGCUGGGAUUAUUUUAUGAAUUUAUUUCCUGCUUGUUGAAUUUUUCCGGCCGAUGCUUUAAAUUUUCAUGACAAUAAAUAAAAAUGUUAAAAAAAUCAUA